CGGAUUUCCUUCUUUCCCGCGAGAAACUGUCAUCAACUAAACUGGUGGCCCGUUUGGCCAUCAAAUGUAGAGACGUCACCGCCGCUUUCAUAGCGGGAACGCUUCGCGAGCAGCACGAAGUUUGGUGGGCUCGUUAUGUAGUGGAUGUUUUAGCUUAACCCUAACUUGGCCUGCUCUGCUCUCCGCACCACGAGCAGAGCGAGCGAUACGAGCAGAACAGAGCGCGGGAACGUUUACAAAAUUGCUGACGAGCGUUUCCUCUCGAGCGACAUUGUUGCCCUGCGCGAGAGUCAUUCCCGUUUGGGAGGAGGCAGGGUUUAGUCGGAAACCUACGGAUGAUCAAUUUCUUGUUGAUAUUCGGCUCUUUUCGUUUGCAGCCCUUUGCAUUUGUAGCGUGCAAAUUGCCGACUGUUUGAAGCAAUCGGUGGGAGUCAAUCCCUUGUUGCGGUGAUUGUUGAGGAUCGGAAUUUGCGUGGACGCAGGCGCCAUUGCGCAUUUUAGCCCACUUCAUUCUUUUGUGGCAUUCGAGUUUUGAGGACUGCACAUUUGCGAUCCCAACCGAGACUGCGGAAUUUCUAGCCCUUAUUUUAAUCGGGAUGGGAAUUUCUCUGAUGAUUUUAUGAAUCUUGAGUUUUCAUGUACUCCAUGUUCAAGUCCCAUACUAGAGCUCCCAGGUUUUAUCCGGAGGUUUUGUAAGAUCUUAUUCAUCCCAGACACUUGGAUUUUUACGUUCGCGAGUCAACCGAAUCUUUCGCAUUAUUAGAUGGCUAGACGACGACGCUUGAUACAUGCGUUCUUCAUGGUCUGAUCAUCAAACAUGUCGCUGCCUCGGCUGAACCAUUCUCCAGUCGACCUUAAAAAUUGAUUCUUUUUUUCUUUACGUCUUGAAUUCAUGCCCUUCGGAUAACUGGUUACGAUCAGACAUAAGCAGGCCAGAACCCAUCAGACCAGAAUCACCUGUACCAUACGAAUUUUCAAGUCUGAAAGGUUCCAGCCUUGUGUUGAGAGAAUGCCCAAAUUUUGAUCAUCCAAGUGCAGACUUCGACGUUGUGCACAAUGGGAAAACGCAAGUCACGAAAUGAGAAGAAGGAGAUUGAAGAGGAAGAUCACUGCUUUCGAAUGCAAGAGCAAAUAGUGAGCCUGCUCCGGGAGAAGGUGAACCGCAUUGAGGUUGAGCUGAAUUAUCUUCGUUCUCACCACAAAUCCCUGUACAGAGUUUGGUCCACGCCAGCUUAUCCCCCUGGAUAUCUACCUGGGUCGUGGACUGCUUCCGAGGGUCGCGAGGAACAAUUACUUCAAGCUGGUCAGGCUGUAAUAACUGAUAGGCCAGGUCAACGUGAAAGGAAUGCGGAGAAGGCUGUCAAAGCAAAGAGGAGAAAGAAACCGAAAACCAUCCCAUCUGUUAAUACUUCACCUUUACCGAGCCCUGAAGAACACCGAAGCUCGGAUCAAAAGUUAAAGGAUAGUGAUUCAGAUUCAUCGAGGGAUUCACCAGAUUCAUCUUCGGAUUCAGACGUUGAGGAUACAAAACAUUCUCCGUUGGAGACAGUCACAACGGAGUCGGCUGUCAGGUCGGAAUCUUCCAGUUCUGAGGACAGCUCCUCAGAAGACGAGAAAGUAGAGAAAGGAAAAGUUUCUGAAUCUGAUAGCGAAGAUGAGAGUUCUUCAGAGUCUGAAUAUAAUGAACCGCAGGCGAACCGUCCUAAUGUUGCUAUUAGAAACUUUCCAAAUUUUCCUAGAGUCAAUUGGGCGAAUGAGCCUAGAAAAAGGCGGGCAAGUAGAGCUAGUUCUAGUUCUGAUAGCGAUUCGAACGAUUCAGACGAUAGUGCAUCAGUGGUGGAAGUUGCAGAAGAGGAUGUCCAAAAGAAAUGCAAACAAAAGAUGGAUUCGCAGCAACUCCCAGCAAGAAAUAGAUCGGAGAAUGAAGGUGUGGUCUUUCAGAAGAAAGGAAAAGGUCUCUCGAAGACUACUCCGGGUGUUGCAGAAAACACAGAAGAAGUGGAGUCUAAGAAGAAGAAAAAUAAGGACUCCGCAAAAUCUGCCGAGGCAACCAAUUCAGUCAUCGACAGCAAGGGUGUGGGAGGUUCUGCAGCAUUAAGUUCCAACCUGGACAAACUUUCUGCGGAUGCACCUCCAGAAGAUAUAUUUGACUGGAACCUUCUUGGAGUUCCAGGUCCAUGGGCUCAAGCAAACUCUUCGAGCUCCUAUUAUGACACUUGUCAGUGGCCGAAGCAGUUGACGUCUUUACCCUGUAAAUUCGAUAGUUUCGACGAAUACAUAGCGAGAAAUCAAUGGCUAGUCUUUGAGGAAUGCAAGGCCGUUCUUGAUCAAAAUUGGGAACUUCUGCAGAGAAAAGGCGAGCCACGCCAAGCCACUGGCGUUGGCUCAGAAGACUCCGACGAGAAUUUAGAACCACGGAUAUUUCAUCUUCGUCCCAUGCACCGUUGUGCCAAUGAUUCUUUCAACUUUUUCGAAUUAUCAGCAUCGGAUGUUCGACGUUUUCAGAUAGACACAAGUGAUGUGUUACUUCUACAAUUUCCCAAGUUUCCGACGAUGAAAGUCCUGGCUUGUGUCAGCAACUCAGGAGACAAGUCAGCCUUACUGAAGACUCGAGUUGACUUGCAGUCUUACGGCAGUAAGUGCAAGAUUGCAAGGAUGAGCAACAUGGUGACUUUGAAGCGCCAGUUUCUCGCUCUGCUUAAUGUCACAAAAUUACCCCAUUUUCUACGGCAGCAGAUUUUGGAUCCCCUUCCCAACAUUGCCUGCACAGUCAACCCGCCAAGCGACGAGUGUUUAGACGAGAAUGUCCUGCUCCCUUCCGGCAUGAACAACACGUUGUUGACAUGGAAAGAGCAUGGCAUAUUCAACAACAGGCAGCUUUUGACUAUGACAGCCCUUCUACAGAUGAAGCAAGGCGCUCUUCUUGUUCAAGGUCCUCCAGGUACAGGAAAGACGUCAACCAUAGUCGGUUUGAUUUCGGCUGUAUGUAUAGAGGAGCCUGGAGCGAAGGUCCUUGUCUGCGCUGCAUCUAACGCUGCCGUAGAUGAGAUCGUUUCCCGACUCAUGCACACCAUGCUUGACAAGGAAGGAAAGCUAUAUUCACCGAAAUUAGGCACUUUGGUUCGUGUUGGAGUUCAAAAGUCAGUGCAGGUAGCGUGCCAGCCUGUAACAAUGGACGCUCUCCUUUCUAAGGGUUCCAAGGGUUCGAAGGGGACAGCCAAAACAGAAAUUUUUUCUGAAGCAUCGAUCAUAUGCUCCACUCUGAGUGGGAGUGGACAUCCUUUGUUUGAGGAGUGUAAACAGAAGUUUGACCUCAUUGUACUCGACGAGGCAGCGCAGGCUGUGGAGUGCGAAACAUUGAUUGCUCUACAAAGAGCCAAAGGCCGCGUUGUAAUUGUCGGAGAUCCAUGUCAACUGCCAGCAACCGUUAUACAGAGGCCAGGGACGGCGUACGGAAGAAGUCUUUUCCAAAGAAUGCAGCAAGGGGGGAUGCAAACUUUUUUAAUGACUACUCAAUAUCGUAUGCAUCCGCAAAUCUCCAAAUAUCCAUCUGCGAGUUUCUAUGGUGGUUGUCUCAAGGACUCUAAGUCAGCUCAGUGCAUGACUUCAAUUUUCAAACAAGACGCUUGUGACACCGGCAUAAGCUGCGAUGGGUACACUUUCAGGCUCGGACCAUACUGUUUCCUAGACGUGUCAUGGGGUGAGGAAGAACUCCAAGCAAGAGGUCAUUCAAUCUCGAAUGUCGAAGAGGCGGAGGUCGUUGCGAAAGUGGUGCAUGGUGUAGUCAAGAGCCUCAAAAAUGGAAGAAAGGCUGAUAUUGGUGUAAUAACACCAUACUUGGCCCAACGAACAACAAUAUUGUCGAGUUUGCUCAAAUAUAAGAUAGAUGACAGUGUUUGCGAAGUUAACACGGUGGAUGGUUUUCAGGGUCGAGAGAAAGAUGUAAUAGUAUUGUCAUGUGUAAGGGCGGCCACUGAGAAAGGCCUUGGUUUUGUCUCUGAUGAAAAACGCAUGAACGUAGCUUUGACGAGAGCAAAGCACUCCUUGAUCAUUGUCGGGCAUGGGAAGACUCUCAAGACCCAAAGCACAACGUGGAGUGCUCUUUUAGAAGAUGCAAUGUCACGGGGUUGCUACCAGGUGCUGCGCAAUCUCGGAGGAGCGAAGAAGAGUUUAGAGAAAUCACCCCCUGUGGAACCAACUGCCCCAGGUGUAAGUGAGAGAGCAGCCAAAUUUCAUUCAGCCCAAACAUCUCCUGUGAAGAAGCAACAGGCUGGGUCCAGUAAGAAGCCACAAACUGUUCCUAAUCAGGCAAGUUCUGUGCCUGCUUCGGUCAAAUUGGAGCCAGCAACUUGUGAUUUUGCUCAUCACUUUCCCAACUGUGGUCACAACCCACACGGCGGUGGCCAGCUUCCUGCCUCCGUGGGUGCGGUGAAGAGGACACGUGGUGCAGUGCGCAUCAACGGACCUAACGGACAUCAGUGUGGUGGUACAUCCAGAAGAAGAAGGUUCGGAGGACUUUCUGAGCACGUUGGAGCAGCACCUUCGAACAUACACACUGAUUUUGGCCAUGUACCGUGUGAAAACCAACACCAGAAGUUUGCAGCACCGCCUCAAGGAUACGAUCAUGGUAGGCCUUUCUUAGAGCCUCAUAUGCUCUUCGCUCCCCUCCAUGGCGGACCUUGGCACCAUACACCAGGGAUCGCGGAUCAAGUUCCACCCUUUUGUAAUCCCCAUGCCAAUAGAGGUAGAAGGUAGUCUACCAAACUUCUUGGAAUGAUAGUGAUCUCUUAAAUUCUGUACAUUGUCACAUUCAUCAUUUUUCCCGUAAGCAUUGCCUCAUUGAGUUCGCGUACUGACCAAGUACUUGCUAACUUCGACCAUGUUUCACUUUUU